GAUUUUGAGUCACGUGAGUUGUAAAGUGUCCUGAACUGCGCUUGGUAUAUCGUUCUACACUAGUGUUACAGACGCAGCGGCCUGUCUUGGCUCUUGAGGGAUCAACAUGAAGACUUUCUUCGCAUUACUGGUGUUGGCAUUUGCCAGCCAAGCCAAUGGCCAAGCAGCAGGCCAGGUUGUCUCUGUCGGAGGGAGUGCUGACAAGGUGUGCACUGACUGCAUCAACUUCUUCACUGAUGUAUCCAAUAUCGUGUCAUCAGCCAACACAACAGCGGAGAUCGAACAACUCCUAGACCAGAUUGUGUGUUCUAAGUUUGGUGGCCUGGAAGAAAUGUGCAAACAACUUAUGGAAAACUAUGUUCCUCAAAUGCUGAAGUAUCUUGCCCAGGAAGAUAACCCCAACCAGAUCUGUGGACUCCUCAGCAUGUGUACUCAAGAGAUUCAGGAGCGUUCGCAUCAUGUAGCAAACAAGGCUGUGUCUGAUGUGGUGGAAUGUGACCUGUGCAAGGAGGUGGUCACUAAGCUGAGAGCCUUGGACAGAGACCAGACAACACAGACUGAGCUGAAACAGUUUGUCGAAGAUAAUAUCUGCCCCUACCUUGGCAGUGCACAAAAACAGUGUGUACAGGAGGUGGAGACAUAUGCUGCCAUCUUGUUCCAGCUGCUGGCCAAUGAGCUGGAUCCCACUGUAGUGUGUGAGUAUCUGAAGCUGUGUACACAAGCCAAAACUGUGCCUUUGACUCGUAUUGGAUUGGCUUCCUACCAAACAAAGGUCAAGGUCAUGGGUGCUCCUAAAAAAGUCAAGGUCAGCGUUGAAUGCACACUCUGUGAAUUUGCGUUGACUGAAGUGGAUCAAAUUCUUGGGAACAACAGGAGUCAGGCUGCAGUGGAGGCGGCGCUGGACAAGAUUUGUAACAUGUUGCCAUCCAGUGUCAGUGAUGAAUGUGUCAACUUUGUCAACUGCGUAUGGGGAUGUCAUCAUCAAACUGCUUUCGUCCAGAACUUGAAGCCAGAUGAAAUCUGCAAAGAAAUUGGCUUGUGCGCUGGGGUAGGAAAACAUCACAUUCAUUAG